GAACCGCUUUGAACCUUGGAACUUGGAACCUUGGAACAUGGAACCAACGAACCAACAGGUUGGAAGAUGGCACGCAGCAGCACUUGGACAGCUCACCUAUCUAUCAUCACCUCACAACCCACAACCACACCAAUAGCCCAAAUACUGCCCAAAUACACCCGGAGGCGAACAACAGUAAAAAGGAAAGCUCUCCGUGGUUUGUUCCACCAGCCAGCUACUCAUUCCACCACGCCUUGCUUUAGAAACCAACCACGUUGAGCAUUUGGAUCAUUAUCUAUCUUCCUACCGUACUAGUCUAUUUCAUCUUCAUUCCUUGCUGCUCACACACUAACUAACUGCAAUGAUUCGACUAUUUCGAGGCAACAGCGCCAAGAAGCGGCAGAUGGCGAGAGAGCCCGAGAUAAAUCCGUUGGCGUCUCUUCAGUCGAUCAAGCACAUGAACUACGUAAGCGACAAUAUGCAGACGAGCAAGUUGGCCAAGUCAUGGGCGAUUGCCGAGACCAAGGUGGUCAAUAUCCUUCGUGUGUCGGCCAUUAUAGCUCUGCUGGUGGCGGCCGCAGUAGUGGCUACCGGUGUGUUUCUGUAUACCCGCAAUGGGGAAGAGCAAGAUUUCCAAAUUGCCUUUGAAGACAGUGCGAUUCAAGUGAUUGACAGUUUCCAUGAAGCCAUUGAACGCAAUAUGGGAGCCGUUGCUUCCUUGAGCAAUAGCAUCACCAGUUAUGCGCUGGAAACCAACAAGAGUUUUCCCUUCGUCACUUUGCCGCACUUUGAAAUCAAGGGAUCUGAUAUCAGGGCACAAUCGGGAUCGCAUCUUCUCCAUUGGUGUCCACUUGUGUCAGAUCACAACAGGGGGGAUUGGGAAGAAUACUCCUUUCAAAAUAGGCAUCAUGCUACGCAAGCCAUACAGUAUGACACCAAGUAUCGGAUGGAACAAGAUCAGAUGUAUGGCUAUGGAACAAGAUCAAGACAACGACAACUGCAACAGCUACAAGCUCAGAAUGAAACUGAUUCUGAAACACAACAAUUCAACGAGGAUCUGGAAGCUUUAGUAUCAACGGAUACCCAAGGAGUCUUGGGGGUUAGACCCACCACUCUUAACGACGGGUCAAAUUACCAUCCCUAUAUCUGGACCUCGGGAUCAACCACACCCAGAGGAGAUGUCCCCCAAGGAUCCGGAGACGGAAAUUACAUGCCCCUUUGGCAGCAAAGUCCUGCCGAUGCCCGCCUAGCUUCAGCGCUCAACUUGGACGUUGCCAGAUCAAAUUUCAUCGCCAAGGAUCUCAUCCAUACAAUGCAAACGGAACAAAUGGCCGUUUUGAACAUGGCGGCAGAGCCAAGGGAAAUAUCAAAGGCACAAUUCCAAUACUAUCUGAAAGUCUCACAAUACAGACAUCGAGCGGAAGAACUCGUCGACGACUGGCAUACCCUGCUAUCCUAUCCGGUCUUUGAUACCUUUGACGCAGACACACGCAACGUGGCCGGCAUGAUCACCACCGAUAUUUACUGGAAAGUCUUUUUUAGCAAUUUGCUACCCACCAAUCUGCGCGGGCUCGUCUGUGUCAUUACAAACUCUUUCAAUCAGACGUUCUC